AUGAUGGUUAACACAUUCUGGAGAGGAGACACAACAAAGGUUAUCCUGCUACAAUUUCUUGUUGCCAAUUCUCUACUGCAGUCAGUCACGGGCGAUGCCGCAGCAUGUAACACCAAAUCUGGUAAGUAUUACUAUUACCCAGGUCUUUUUCAUUUGUGAAUAUAAUCAUCAGUGACAGUUUUAUUUUUUUAAUUGUCGACUCUUCAUCCAAGAAGGGAAUUUUUCGCACUGAAUUCUAUGUUCCGCCAACUUGCUAAUGAUAAGCCAGGUUUUUACAAAUUUGUGGCUCAUAAACUUCUUUCCUUGUCCAGCUAUACCUGAAGUUAAAAUCUUCUCAAGUCCGCCAGACCGCACGCAACCUAUCGGAGCAGCCAUUAAUCUGACCUGUGAAGCGCUACCAAGGGAUAAAGACGUGCUUUUUCCCAGGAGAAGGGUCAAGUAUAUUCAGUGGUAUGAUCCCCAUGGGAGACCAGUUGGAGUCAAAUGCCAAAACUCAAGACUAGCAAAGAAACUGAAAUGUCUGUUAAUUCUUAAGAAUCUGAUCGUAGAAAACUUCGGGAACUACACUUGUGAAGCAGAAAAUGACUAUCCUGGAUACUGCAGAAGAAAAUCCAUUGAAAUUCUCCCUAAAGGUAAGACUCAGAUUAUUCCUAACACAAAUAAAUUUGGGCAGGGUAAAUAUUAAUUAUCGUAGUUAUUUCUUUUUGCUAUCUCCAUCAAAGGCUGUUGCAAUAAAAUAGCAAAGGUGGGUACGGAAAUCAGCAAUACUGUAGGUGAAAAACAGGAUAUUUUUGUAAAUUCCAUUUAUUCAAGCUUUUCAAGAUUAUUCCCUUCCCCUACCCCCCUCACCCCAAAGUUUCCACUUACUUGCCAUAGUGCUAUUGAUUGGUUAUUUUGCAGAAAACUUAAGUCCACCUGAGACAACAAAGGCACCCCAUCUUCUAUUUCCUGAGGUGGUUGAAAACCCAAAGAACCAAAGCGCUCUCAUUGGCUCCAAUGUAACUUUUAACUGUACUGCCAUGGGUCUUCCAACACCAGCCAUCUCAUGGAUGAAGAACAACAAUUCAUAUGCAGUAACAUCCAAUAUGAGAGCCAGGGUUGUUUCAGAUAACAAAAAUAAUCACAGUCAGCUGAUAAUAACGGAAGUGAAGAUAGAAGAUGGUGGCAAAUAUCAGUGCGUUGCAAGCAAUAGUGCUGGUGAGAGGACAUCGUCAGCGGCUUUCUUGUACAUAAAAGAGUUA